AGAUAUUCUUCUCUGAUUCGUUAGUCAAUUUUUUCAGUUAAACCAGAGAGUAUGAAAGAAAUGAAGUGUUUCUGACUUUAAAUAUCGUUAAUUUCCAAUUAUUAAAAAAACGAAAGCAUUAGCAUUUCAUGUAAAUGAAAUAACAGAAUAUUUUGUACGUCAACUUCUAAAAAAGGUAAAAUAAAGGGAAAAACUACGAGCUUGAGGUGUCGUAAUUCUAACGUAAACGUGUUGGUAAUAGUAGCGAUCAUCAUCAGUACUACUGCUGCCAUUAUUUCAUUCCAUAACAUCAUCUCAUCAUAUAUGUAUACGUACAUAUAUAUAUAUAUAUGACUUUUGGCGUUUGUUCAUGUCUCGGAUGUCGCCUGCUUUGACAGAUGUGUUUGAAGAACACGAACACAAGACACCGAAUUAAAAGAGAGAGAGAGAGAGAAGGGUUGCUGUUACGAUAAUACCAGAAAACCAUCUAACUCGUUUCUCAUUUCCACCGCCAAUUCAUAACAUUACUCUUUUUUUUUUCAUCAUUCAGUCUUGAAAAUAGUUUGAUAGUUUGAGGGAGAUUGGGUCUCUGCCUUAUGUUUGAACCUUUGAAUUCUUGAAUAGGUUUUGACUCGAUUGAAAAAAAUGGCUGAUGUUAAAUUUUUGAAGUCUGUACCAACUCAUAAUGGGGUGUGUUAUGGCCAUAACCGACUUUGCCCAUUACCUUCUUCACUCUCACCAUUACCGCCGGCAUCAAAUCAAGGACCAACUUUGAUUAGUUCCGAUUCUUGGGACAGAGCAGAAAUGACUACCCGACUGAUACUUUCCAUGAUUGAGCCCACUAAGAGCUCCAACCUGAUGAGAAUGAACAUUUUCAAAUAUGUUGAAAGACUUCUUGGAAAUUUUCAGGUCUAUUUGUAUGGAUCUGUUCCACUUAAUACUUACCUUCCUGAUGGAGAUAUAGACUUGACUGUCUUGUGUCCAACUAUUCCAAAUGAUCAGUUAGCUUUGGAAGUUUGUAAAAUUCUCAAGGAUGAAGAACGUAAUGAAGCUGCUCAAUUCAAAGUCAAGGACACCCAUUUUAUUGACGCUGCUGAGGUUAAGCUUGUUAAAUGCGUUAUACAGGAUAUAGUAGUAGACAUUUCCUUCAAUCAACUAGGAGGACUUACUACAUAUCGUUUCCUGGUACAGAUUGAUCGCCGUUUGGGAAACGCUCAUCUCUUCAAGCGCAGCCUUAUUCUAAUCAAAGCCUGGUGCUAUUACGAGAGUAGGAUCCUUGGUAGCCAACAUGGUUUGCUUUCAACAUAUGCUUUGGAAACAUUGGUUAUCCACAUAUUUAAUCUAUUCCCUACAUCCUUGAAAGACCCUUUAUCUGUUUUGUAUAGAUUUUUGGAUUACUUCAGCAAGUUUGAUUGGGAAAACCAUUGUCUGAGUUUAAAAGGACCAAUAUGCAAACACACUCACACUUUAGUUGAGUUUCCAGUAAAUGAUAACAGUGCUCUACUACUAAGCAAAGAAUUUCUCAUCAAUUGUAGGAAAUUGUAUAAAAUUCCAUUUGAUGGGCUUGAGACAGACUUGGUUUUCUUUCGUAUGAAACACCUUGAUAUAAUUGAUCCCUUAAAAGAAAAUAACAACCUUGGCCGAAGUGUCAGUAGAGGCAAUUUGUAUCGGAUAUGCAGUGCUUUGAAGUUCGGGGCUCGCAAGCUCAGCUGGAUUCUUUCACUCUCUGGGGAUAGAAUGACUGAAGAGCUGCAAAAUUAUUUUUGUAACACUUUGAAUAGGCUUGAAGGAAAAUAUUUGCCCUCAACAAGCUAUCGGUCAAGUGUUAGAGGGCAGACAUAUCAUCUGAAAGAUGAAGAUGAUUUUCCUCCACUCUCCUGUGCUUGAUAUCUCAUCUAUAUAUCUAUUAUAUCUAUUACAUUUUCUAAGGAGCUAGCCACUGAUAUGGGCUAUAACUGGUGCAAUGCAACCCCAAGAGGUGUCUUGUUUGCUGGUGCAGCAGUUAGCACACAUAUUAUCACUUGCUUUGUACACUAUUCUAUUCCACAUUUUAUUUUAGUAACGAGCUCAAUCAUGUAAGUAGGCAGGCUAUUAUUACUAAGCUCUGAAAAUAAAACCAAUGCAGAAGAAAUUAACUUGUUAAAUGACCAUUUGAUGGUGAAAACUCUUUGUAUUUCUAUACUCAUAGUGUUCUAAUGAAAAGUUUUUAAUGACUCACAUAUAUAAUAA